UUACUGCAUGAAAGGCUGUGGAAUUUAAACAUGCCAGCCAUUGCAUUGCAGUCAGACUCAUCCAUUACUGCGUCAGGACUCGCAAUUGGCAUUGGUAAUGCUGGCCGCAGGUAAUUAUGCCAUCGAUUAAUUGUCAGAAAAAAACAGACCCACCUCUUACUGUUACCGCGGUGCGCGCGAGUGCGCGCGGCAGUUGUAGUAGCGCGUGCCGCAUCGUUCCUCGUGAUUUGUGAGGAGUUUGUGGCAACGCGUGCGCAAGCGGCGCGAAAUGGACUUACUGAGGAAUGGAACCAACAUUUGCCACAUUUAUCGCGUUAUUGUCGACAAAUUUCUCCUCAAGGCGGAUGUUUUUGGCGGUCCCAUCCAAUUGCGAGAGCUGUUUGUGGAAAAAGAGCGGGAAAAAGUGCUCCGCGCGCUCUUCGAUUCAACGUCUUUGCGGUUCCCUCCAAAACAACAAAAACAAAUUUAUGACGCAAAACAGAGGUGAAAUAAAACAGAAUUGCUUGAAUGAAAGGAUCAGGGUGGAAAAGAGGGUUUAAAUACUAAAGAACACACGAAGCAGAAAAAAACCAUUAACCUAAGUGUCAAAUAACGUGGAAAAUAUUCUAUAUUUUCUAUAGCAAGGAGAAAAUGGGACGUAAGCAGUUAAAGAAAGAAGGUAUUUUAUUUUUAAGUUAUUUUUCAAACUACCAUUAGCUGUAGAUUUCAUAUUUUAAAUCUAACUUUGAUAAAUGAUCAGUGAGGUGAAAAAUAUACCCUAGAAAGCAUUAAAGAUGUUCUCCGUGUUUCUGUAAAUCAUAGUAUUACUGUAGUGCGCACAGAUUUGAUCUGAACCAGAUCAGCCUCAUUAGGACUGCGGGCAUCAAACAUCCCACAGCGGAUAGACUGGAGAUCUGCCUCACAAAAAAAGUGCAAAAAUCUCCCUCAUAUGGUCGCUAAAUGUCUUUAUUUGCAUUUAGCCCGCUGUAUCUUUCACUGAAGCAUAAAUUAAUGUGAUUCACGGGACGAGAGAUUUGGCGCAGCGACCCAAAGGAUGAGCUGAUGCUUCACCCGCAACAUGGAAAGGCAGGACACACUGCUGCAUCCCCGCAAUAAAACACAACCAGGAAUCUUGGAAAUUCAAAGGAUUUUGGCUUGCAACUCAACAAUUUAGAGGUGGAUUUAUGUGGAUGAACAAUCAAUGGGAUGGAGACGGGAAUGGACGGAGAGCUACUUUAUUGAGCACGAGGGAUCCUAGAAGAUUAGAGUGUCCUAAAGCAGCAGCUCUGAAGGAUCCGUGCUUUGGUAAUGAGAAAUGGAUAAAUUAACCUGGAGGUCUUGGAUGCUCCUGAAGGCGCAGCUCUAGAGGAUCCAUGUCAUUGCAUUGGUCGCUGUCCACUGCGCCCGUGGUGCUGAAAUCUGGAUGAUGCCGGCGCAGCGACUGCAGGGCUGCCGCUCCCUUCACAUCAACGAAGACAAUGGGCGCUUUCUGUUGCUCGCCGUGCUCAUCAUUGUGUACCUGCUGUGCGGCGCUGCGGUGUUUUCCGCCAUCGAGAGGCCGUCCGAGCUGCGAGCACACGGGCGCUGGAACCGGACCCUCCUGAACUUUAGCGAUACGUUCAAUAUCAGCUUGCAGGAUCUGAGCUCCUUCCUGAAAGAGUACGAGGCUGCGAUUGCUGCUGGAGUUCGGGUCGAUGCUCUUCGACCCAGAUGGGAUUUUACAGGAGCCUUUUAUUUUGUUGGCACAGUGGUGUCUACUAUAGGAUUUGGGAUGACCACCCCUGUGACAGUAGCUGGAAAGGUUUUCUUGAUCUUCUACGGUCUGUUGGGUUGUGCGGCCACCAUCCUGUUCUUCAACCUUUUUCUGGAGCGCAUCAUUACCCUGCUGGCUGUGGUGAUGAAGGCCGUGCGUCUGCGCCGUCUGCGGACCAGCGGCCUCCUCCCGCCGGGGAUCUGCCAGGACUUUGCGGCGAGUACGUUGCCCGGUUGGAAACCCUCGGUGUACCACGUGAUGCUCAUUCUGGGCUUAUCAGCCAUCGUGAUCUCCUGCUGCGCCUCAGCCAUGUACACUCCAGUCGAAGGUUGGGCGUAUCUGGACUCGCUGUACUUUUGCUUCGUCACCUUCAGCACCAUUGGUUUCGGAGAUUUGGUGAGCAGCCAAAACGCUGAGUACGGCUACCAAGGACUUUACCGUUUGGCCAACUUCAUCUUCAUCUUGACUGGAGUAUGUUGCAUCUACUCGCUCUUCAACGUCAUCUCCAUCGUCAUCAAGCAGGUCCUCAAUUGGAUGUUGGGGAAAAUGAGCUGCUUGUGCUGCCAGCGCUGCAACAAAGCCAAUGCUUUCUUGGGACGCCGCAAUGCCAUCAGGCCCGGCUCGCGCCUCAGACGCGGACGCUUCGGUCGGACGCCGGACUCGGACGGGCCUUGCGAUAGCGACACUGAAGGACGCAGGCUCUCGGGCGAGAUGAUCUCCAUGCGGGACUUGACGGGAUCCAAUAAAAUCUCACUGGCCAUCAUGCAGAAACAGCUGUCGGAGUCAGCGAACGGAUAUCCCAGAACGGUGUGCGGAAGCUCGCGGCAGAACGGCUUUUCCGGCGGCGUCGGUGCUUUGGGCAUCAUGAACAACCGAUUAGCAGAAACCAGUGACUCUAGGUAGAGGUAACCUUUGUUAGCAUCUCAGAAAUGAUUGUUUUUAGCAGUAAAACCUCUCCAACUCUCUCUGGACGUCGAGCGGUUUGGGUUUGCGAUUUCAAUUUUUGAGCUUGUGUAGACCAGCAUGGCAUGCAUGAACUGUUUAGGAUAUCCUCCACAGGAUAUGGAUCGUGACUUGCUACGAACGCGUGCUAGGAAGUAACAGUGUGCUCAAAUCAUGUUGGAAAGAUCGUAUUUAUGAGCUGAACGCACAUGAGCGUCGAAAGUCACAAUUACGAGUGGGAAAUUAAAAAAAAGUCCCGAGUUGGGAUCUGAUCGUGUCAUUGAGUCAGAUGCAAUGAAUGCAGACUCUGUAUUAAUGGUAAAUUGCCUCAAAUUAAUUAAAUUAUAUUUUUUAGUCUAAGCUGCAUGCAUAAAAUACCAUAGUACUGUGCAAUUACAUUAGAAUAUAUAAUCAUUAAAUUUACAGCACUAAAAAUUUAAUAAAAGCAUAAAAAGCUAAAACACACCAGAUGCACAUUCAGUCAUCAUUUUAGUAGUAAAAAAAAUCAUGUUUACUUGAAGCAUUUAUGUAUUAUGCAUUAUUACGAGUUUAAAAUAUAUUCAGAUUAUAUCUUUUCAUAAAAUGCAUUAUACAAUUAGCAGAUUCCUUUCCUUGACACAAAUUGUCUUGUGUUUCAAUGCAUUAUAAUUUCUAAAGGUGUAAUAAUGAAUGCUACAAUUAUUCAUGAGAUCAUACAAUGCAUUAUUAAAGUGCAUUACAAAGCACUAAAAUACUUUUAUAAAGCAUUAUAUAUAAAGUCUUCAACCAAAAUUCCCUGACCUAAACACCUGAUGUCAUAAUUAUGACUUCCCAACUUGUAUAUAUGAACUUUCCAGGAGGAUUUGAACGCACCUUAAGUGACUUUGCAUAUUCUAGUAAUCAACCGCAACAAACCCUAAUUACCCAAAUCAUAUUCUCUAGAAUUUGUAGACAAUACUGUAAAACAUGAACUAACCCUAAACGCUCUGAAGUUAGACUUGACUACUAGUGGCUAUUCAUAGGAGCUGAUCUCAAAUAAGUAAAAGUAGCAUCCUAUUUACUUACAGCACACUUGAUUUACAACUAUGCAUCAUCUCCAUGUCGCAAACAUAUUCGUUUUUACUUAGUCUUGAGCUGCAUCCCGGUUUGCAUACUUAUGCUGUGCACUAAAAGUAUGUACUUCACUGCUCAAUGGAAAGUCCAAACUCAGUAUUUGGACAUACUACAAUGUCUCAAAUUAUGUACAGUUUGCGUCUUAACAUCCAGCUGAAUUCAUUACCUGCAUUAUUAUGUAACUUUAAGGUUCAUGCAAUUAACAAAAUGUUUCAAUCUAUCAUUCUUUAGUACUUCCUUUCGGCAAAAAGUCAAAAAAGUAUUGUUAAAAACUCUCCUCUUCCAUAGUGUGACAUUACAAAAAAAUAAUAAUAAAAUAAAUAAUAUUUUUUUUAUGGUUAAAACAUCUAAAAAUCCCUAACACAGCAUAAAUUUACUUAUCAACACUGCAUAACAUAUCAGAAUUCACUGAACUGGCAGAUUUUUCAGUAGUUUUAAAUAUGUGACCAUGGAGCACAAAAGCAUUCUUAAGUCGUUGGGGUGUAUUUGUAGCAGUAGCCAAAAAAAAAAAAAAAAAAAAACAUUGUAUGAGUCAA